AUGUACAACACUAGUGCAGACUGGAAAGAGAUGAGUGGACUUUUAAUGUCUGUUAUUCGCACUUUAUCGGCAAGUGAGACCAACGAGCAGCGAGAAAAAGAACGUGCUAAACUAGAGAAGGAAUAUAAGAAGAGUGAUGCUAGAUUGGACGAGCUGGUUGCUGAACAUGCACAGGAAAUUAUGGAAGUUAUGCAGAAAUUCAGCAGUGUCCAAGCAGCCCUAGCUAGCUGGGGUCAGCACACCGACGCAGCUACAGCGCGACUAACCGCAUGCCGCAGCUUGCUGCGCGUGCGACGCGACGAGCUGCGGCGGCUUUGGCAGGAUGCUAGGACGCACCAUCAUGCGCUGCAUAUGCUUACCAUCAUUGAACGUGUUGUAGUCUCCGAGCGUGACAUCCGUGACCAUCUCUCGCGAGGGCUGGUACUAGCUUGUGCACAUUCGCUUCGCUCAGCGCUCGAUACGGCCGCCACAACACUGUCGCACGUCAGCGCGCUCAACACUACGAGAGCGCAUCUUGAGGAAAAGAAGCACGAACUGGUGACGGUGAUUCUUCGUCGGUUGUCAUCGGCAUUGUACGGCGAAGCGGCGCCGCUCACGCGCCGGAUGUCGUCUCGACGCCGAACAGCGCUGCUUUUGGCAGAGCUAACGAAGAGCGAGGAAGUCACCGACGCGUACCUACAAGACAUUACGCCCGAGUUCGAGGCGUCGCUCACGGAGGAAGACAAAACGUUUGAGACCACCGUCAUGAUAUCGCUGGAAGCUUUGGGAGUCUUGAACCAGCUCAAAGAGGGUACUGAGAAAUUCAAAGUCCAAAUCCAAGACGAGUUACUAACCGUAAUAGAAUCCGUGUCUCGCCGGAUAAUCGAAGACGGGGACGUGGAGCCGGACCUAGCGGAUUUACCGGACUUUCCGGACGUUCCGGACGCGCCGGACGAGGCGGUAGAGAACUCGAAGCCGCUGCGGCUUGUCAACGCGCUCGUGGAGCAGUUUAGAGCGUGUGCCGUGAGGAAUAAGAGACUGCUCCAAUUGUGGCGAGCCGCGUUACAGAAGCACAAGAUCUCAGACUCGUGUCUUCACACCGAGAUACACUACUGGAGCGCCGUUCAACAAGUUCUUCAACUGCUCCUGACAGACUACCUCCAAAUAGAAAGUGUAACUCUCGCCGCCGCCCGUUCCACCAGCGCUUCGGACACACACAGCGAACUUCGCAUCGCAGAUUACUUCGCUAAGAAGCGGCCGCAAAGACGCGAGAAGCUUUUCAAACUCAACGUGGGAGUGGUACCGACAGUAAGCGCGGCGGCGCGCCGGUACCCGCUAGUAUGUCGACCGGAUCCGGGCCUACUUCAUGUGCUCCUGCCGACGCUACACGCGCUCACACACGACAUCGAGCCUGUUGUCGGCGGCGAAUGCUCCCUACGAGCGUUCAUCACGGACUACGUGCGGUCCGGGGAAAGCGAGCGGCUCGCGAGCGAAGCGAGGGCUUCCAUCGAGGUCGCUAUGAAGGCGGCCGCGUGGCGCGAACGCGCGCCGCCUGAACCACCGAGCGCUAACCACCGCCUCGUGUUCUCCUGCUGUACAGCGGGCUGGGCGGCCGUGGCGCACUGCGCGCACGCCGCGCGGCGCUGCGGCGCGUGCGGCGCCACGCACGCGUUACGCGCGCUACCCGCUGCGCUAGCCGCACUCGCCACGCACGCGCGCGCGGCUCACGCACGGUUACAACCCGCUGCGCCGUCAAGAGCGGCACGGUGGCUGGCCGAUGAUGAUAUAGUGAGAUUCCUGCAGACGCUGCCUAACUGGCAGGCUGUUGUGGAUCCUAAUUCUGCUAGUAAGAAUGAGCAGGACCUGAAACAGGCCUAUGAACGCGAAGCUGAAAUCCUGGGCUCCAGUCUUGGCGACGGCGCCGUGUCUCGUCGUGAAAUCGUCGGAGACAUCAACGCUUUAGGCGACUUAGCAUUACUCUGCGAGUCCAUGGACUGGCUGGCCACUAACAUCCGGUCGCUGCCGGGGCUGCUUACGGCGCCGUCCGGCGGCGUCCGGCUGACCGACAAACUGCGCGAAGACAUCUCUGCCGCGGCAGCCAUCUUUGAUGAGAUCUCUCAUAAAUGCUUGCUGUUCCUUCAUUUGGAGAUGCGAAUCCAAUGCUUCCACUACCUGGGUCAGCCGGCGGGCGGCGACGACGACGAGGCCGGCGGCGCGGGCCGGCUGGCGCACGCGCUGCUCGCCUUCCACGAGCACGCGCACAACGUCAUGGCCCCCGGCCGCCGCGCGUACAUCUUCAACGGCAUCGGCGAGAUGAUGUCCGCGGGCGUCGUGUGGCGCUGGCAGUGCAUGGACGCGGAACUCGCGGGAGGAACCCUCGCUACGCUCAGGCACUGCUUGGCGGCUCUCUCCCUACCUCACGCCGGGUUGCAGCGCGCUCAUGAAUACUCUCGUCUGCUACUGGCUAUGCCAGAGCCUGAGGAAAUAAUAGCAUCGAUCCGAGAGAAAGGCGCGCAAUUCACGGAGCUGGAAUACCUGAACGCGUUCAAGGUGAUCGCGGCGCGGCGCGGGCUGUCGCAGGCCGACAUGAAGCCGCGGCUCAAGGCGCUGGCCAGCGCGCUCGGACACGUCGGCGUCACUGUCUGAGGCUUAUACUACCCUGGUACUUGGAGAAACCCUUUUCAUUUACAUUUUUCUAACAGAACAAUAAAAUCCAUGAGGUUUUGUAGGUUUUUCGGAACUGAUUUGUCUAAAAACGAUAUCAUACAUAUGGGAUCCACUUUGACUACUAAUUCCAAGAUUUGGCGUAGGCACUAGCACUAAAGCGACUGCCAUCUGACCUUCCAACCCGAAGGGCAACUAGGCCUUAUUAGAAUUAGCCCGGUUUCCUCAUGAUGUUUUCCUUCAUCGAAAAGCGACUGGCAAAUAUCAAACGAAAGUCGCACGCUCUUACCAAACGAUAGUCAUUUCGAAAUCGAAAAUGCAGAUAUAAGUAAAAUUAAAAAAGUCGUCAUGGGAGUCGUUUCUAGGUUUUCAUCGAAAAUAUAUUUUUGCCAGGUCUAUGCAUGAUUUUUCCAUUCAAUUCAGUUGUGCCCGUAAACGUUUGUACGUAGCGUCGUGCUAGGUAGGUAUAGGAACAGUAGAAACAUAUAAGUAUAGUUAUAAUGUAUAUUUAAAAUAAACCUUUAUUGCCUUAUAUAAAAAUAAAUUAUUUUGUGAAAUGGUCUUCUAGAUUUAUUUUUGAUUUAAGCAUUUGGAUUACACAUAUUAAAAUUGAAAUUAUUGACAUUUUGUUUACUCGUUAAUUCCGACUUCCUACUCUUGUUAAAAUCAUGUCGUAUUCAUAAGGGUAGUAUGAUUAUAUUAAAUUAUGAAAGACUAAUAUUUAAAUGUAUUUCAUUACAUACGCUGAAAUUCAUAUAAUUAAUUAAGAGUAUUUAAAUAUGUUAUGUAACUUAAGUUGCAAUGUAUUUUAUUUUGAAUAAACUACAUAUU